AUGUCCGCCGUAGAAAGAGAGCUCAACGAGCGCCAUGACGACUACCCGGAAAAGAAGGUCGCCGGCGCCGACAACCUCCCCGCCGAAGAGAGCGAAGAAUCUCUCCCCGCCACCCCGAUCGCCGACGACGAUGUGGACUACCCGGACGGCGGCCUCGUAGCCUGGCUCCAGGUGCUCUCGAGCCACCUCAUGAACUGCCUCGCAUGGGGCUACGCCUCGACGUUUGGUGUCUACCAGCUGUACUACACCGAGACGAUGCAGCUCCCCCGCUCGCAAAUCUCGUGGAUCGGGUCUAUCCAAAUCGCAAUCACUUUUGCCAUCUGCACCGUGUCCGGCCGGCUGUCCGAUGCGGGGUACGCGAGGACCACUGUCGUGGCCGGGUCGGCACUCGCCGUGUUCGGCACCGCCAUGACUAGCCUUGCCAAGACGUACUGGCAGAUCCUGCUCGCGCAGGGUGUCUGCACGGGGAUCGGCCUGGGUCUGCUGUUCAUGCCCGGCAUCGCUACCGUGAGCUCGUACUUCUUUAAGAAGCGCGCCUUCGCGCUGGCCGUGGCGGCGACGGGGACCGGGACCGGCAGCGUCAUCUUCCCCGCCACGGUGCAAUACCUGAUUCCUCAGAUCGGCUUUCCCUGGGCCGUGAGAUGCGCUUCGCUGGUGGCGCUCGUAGUUUGUGCUCUGUCGGUUGUCCUAUUAAAGCCGAGGCUUAGACCUAGGAAGUCUGGCCCCCUGGUGGAGUGGGAAGCCUUCAAGGAGCCGCCUUAUGUCCUAUUUACUUUGGGCACGUUCUUCUUAUUUUGGGCCCUUUACUUUGGUUUCUUUUACAUCAAUGCUUAUGCUCGCGCCGAAAUUGGCUUCACUUCAACCAAGGCAGUCGAACUACUUCUCAUAACCAACGCCAUGAGCAUCCCGGCGCGGCCCGUUGUCGGAUACGUAGCCGACAACGUCCUAGGACCGAUAAACACAGUGAUAGUAGCCAUGUUCGUACUCAGCUGCAUGUUCUUCGCCUGGAUAGGAGUCACGACGAAGACCGGCAUCUACGUCUUCUGCGUCUUCUUCGGACUCUCCAACGGAGCGGCGCAGGGCGUGUUCGGAGGUGCCUUGACGAGCUUGACGGCCGAUCCAAGGAAGAUGGGCACUCGGUUCGGCAUGGUGGCUACCCUGCUCGGGUUUGCAGCGCUGGCUGGGCCGCCUACUGCCGGGGCGAUUAUAGAUAGGUCGGAUGGGAAAUACCUUGGGGCGCAGCUCUGGGGCGCAAUCGUUAUCCUCGCAGGCGCGGCGACGGUUGGUGCAUCAAGAAUAGCUAUUACUGGGUGGAAAUUGAAGGCGAAGGUAUAG